AUGAUCAAAUUUGUAAAGGUUGCAGGCAUAUCAUCGCUCUUUUUACUGGGCAUAAGAUCAGAAGCUUCGUAUUUUGACUCUGCAUUUGAGCUAAAUAAAUCUGGAUAUUUAUACAAUCUGGGAGCAAAGGGCUAUAUAGGGCGCGACACGGCUAAGAAAGAGGUAGCCAAGAUACUUGAGGAGCCAAGGCUAGCGAUUCGAUUUCGCAGCUAUUUAAAUGGAAAAACUGGGGACGCUGGGUUUGUGUUCAUAGAAGACAAAAAAAUGGAAGCCCCAGAAACCCCAGGAAAUAUGCCAGGUAAGACUGAGAUUUUUGGAAAAGACGCGCUAAAGACUUGUGGGUACAGUGUUCCUAGAAAGGUUGUUUUGGACUCAUACGAUGCGUCAAGUCAUUUUGGUUUUUUUAUUACGCCGCCAGUGCUUUUGCAUGAGAAUGCAUUCAAUCUAAUGGUGGGGAAUGAGUGUAUUACUGUAGAUAAAGAAACCAAUAUGUUAAUGGCGGCCAUUUGUGUUGACUCUCCGAAUGAAGACAGAAACUAUCAAAUGUUUUCCUGGGUGGACUCUGGGCAGUACAACCGAGGAGUAGAUCCUAUAACGUAUAGACCCAACCCCAAUGUAUACGCCAAAAACAAACCUGAUGAUGAUAGCAGAAAAGAAGAAUGUAAGAAGCAUAAAGUAUCGGGUGUGUUUCAUGCCCAUCUUAAGAACCCCUCAAACCUUGCGUUUGAUGGCCCAUAUCGGCCGGAGCAUGGAAGAUCCCAGCAGCCAGAUUACUGUGGCCACUAGAGUGUUUUGUUUC